AUGGCUUUGAGAUCACCCCCCUGGCCAUUCGGCGGCGCACUGACUGUCAAGAAAAUGAUCAUCAUCAGUCCGUACGAGGCCUGCUGCCUUCUUCCGGCCAUCUGGCAGUCAACUACGGUGACCCUCCAUCACAUCCCAGAGGGCACAGCUGCUAUCGAGAUUCCCGAUACGCUACGGAUGGAGCUCAACCUUUUCGCGGGGCAGCUGUAUCUGGAGUUGUAUUCAAAGUAUGAACGACUCUGUGUAUUUCUGGGUAUUGAUUUAGUUGCAGUGGAUGGGGGACCCGGAUGUUGA